CCAAAAUCUCACCUUCAUGACUCUUUCAAAAGCAAUUUUCUUUCUAAAAACGCUUGAUCUGUCAAAAUCUGAUAACGCAUUGCGCGGUAGCUCAAAGCCCCCUAAAUUACCGUCUCCUCGGUACAUGGGUGCAUAUCCCUGCCGUAAGGAGGCUAGACCCCCCGAAACCGCCUGACAUCGGAGCGAGAGGUUUAUCACAGUGAGACACCAAGACCCGCAAAACUCUUCCCUUCUUCCACUUCUCACUGUGAAAAAAGUCGAGUUCAUCACUUCGCAGCUGAUUGAUAAACUUCUGGGUCCAAAAGAUGGCCUGUUUAUGCGGGUGCAUCAAUCAACUGAUUGAUAACUUUGAUCCGAAAACGGCCGCGGGUCUUGCGUCAGGCCUGAAUAAGCACCUCGAAGCUAUCCGAAGCAUCCUCGCUAGGAAUAAAUCCCUCGCCAAGGAGGUUCGAUACCAGAUCAUCCCGAGUAACCAGCGCACAGCAAAGAUCUUGUCGCUGCACUCUAUUGAUCUUUUAAAGAUUGAGAGGUUGCAUAGCGUGUUUAAAGAUGACGUCAAGGGUUUCUGGGUGGCGUCUGGUGAUGCGUUACAUCAGGAAUUACGACGGCGAAUAGCGUGUAUUACGAUCUUCUUGAGAUCGAAAGUGGAUGAUGAUGCGUGGGCGUCGUAUGAUGUCGCGAACCUUAUCCAAGGGCGCACGUUAUCCGAGUUGAGAUAUGCGGGCAGCAAGUACAUCAAGAUCGCCCGACGCCUGGGAGGGAUUGGGUCGAUCCUCUGGCUGCCGCUAGAAAUACCGGCCUCAACAUAUGAGCGUUACCUAAACAUGGAUGACGCCGAGGCCUUUGAUCACAUUCAGAACCUUGGCUCCGACGCGCCCGACCUGAACCUUUUCGUUCAGCGCCUCAUCACGGCUCAACUUGACGAUCCCUCGCUUGUCUUGUCACAUCGAAAUUUGCUGUUAGAGUAUGGAGACUGCAUAUCACCCUCCGAGCAAGGUCUGCUUCUGCUGCAUGCUCUUGGCGGUAAUGACAUUCCGCUCGAUUUGCUGAAAAGCGCCAAGAUUCCUAUGAGACGAUGGACCAAUGAAGGAGAGAUACAGAGCAUAACUGCCUCCGAUUUCGGGUUCAAUGCUGAAAUAAUCAGGCUGCUGUCUAGUGAUGAGCGUCUUGAGGAGUUGAGUCAACGGCCGGAAGUUACUCAGCAGGCUUUGGAGGAUGGCACGAUUGUUUGGUCGUUAUCGCCUGAGGCGCAAGAAGAGCUUUCUCAUCGAUUGACACCGCAGACAACCGAGGACUGGGCGACAACGGCGUUGAAGUUGCUGUGCUUUGCAUGUCCUCCUUGCUAUGAAGGCAAAGUCAAUUGGUACGCCCAGUACGCUCCCUGUGUCACAGCGCAAGACCAGACUAGGUUACCCUAG